UUAUUUCCUUUCAGAUAAAUAUGGAUUUACCAAAAUGUAGCCAAAAAGACUGUUACACAGUAUCUUCUUUCUGCAUUAACAAGCAGAAAUAUGUAUGAUCAACCUGUCUUGUGACUAAACUAGGCCCUCUGGGAGAUCUCGGUAACAGUGAGAAUGCAGAAAAUGAGACUUGAAUGCUGAUCAGCUCAAAAGCUCCUCUGAAAACUCUCAAGAAGGUUACUAACUCGCUCCAACUGCUUGAGUUUGUCAUUGAAGAGAAGCAUUCAGGGGACUUUCCUGAUGAGGUCAAGGAGCUAAUUGAACAUUACAACAAGAGAAGUCAAGCUGUCAACGACAAACUCGAGCAAGUGAUCGGAGCUAAAGAGCACUAUAAAUAUAAAAGUAUCCAGGAUGAAGCUCAGCUGGUCCUGGAAGAUCUCAAGAAGGAACAAUUGUUCAUUACCUUUGCAGUAGAUCACAUCCUUGAACAAGUAGUUCAAGAAAAUCCUGAAAAGUCCCAAAUGGGACUUGAUCAUGCCAUCAUCGAGUUCAAAAAUAAAAUGGAUUCUACAAUUGAUGAAAUGGAAAAGGAACGAGAUGCUCUUGAGGCUUCCAAAAAUAAUGAAAUAGUUGCCCUAAAAACACAGCUAGAAGAAAACCAGCAGAAGCUUGAAGAAGCAGAUGCCAUGAACAAACAGCAACGUGUUAAUUUUAUGGAAAGAUCCCAAACCCUCCAAAAGACUUUUCGAGAACAACUUGAAGAGUUAAAGGUAACAAAGAAAGAAGAAAUGGAGCAUCUAAGCAAGACUUUCAACUUGAAGAACUCGGAUAAGAAGAACCCUGAAGUCCUUAGGCUCCAAAAGACUUUAGAGGAGUACCAGAAGAAGCUUAAGAAGAAAGACCAGGAACUCUCCACACAUCAGGAGGAAAAAGCUAAGAUCAAAGAAUUAAUAGCACAGAAAGAGAAAAUGGAAGAGGAGAUAAAACAGAUGCAAGAUGCCCUCUCAUCUAUUUCUGAUUUAAAGAAUGGCUCAUAUCUACAUGAAUUCUUGGAGUCUACUCUUAAUCCAUCGCAUCCUCGAGAUCUUGAGAUACUGUACAAGUUUUUAACCAAGAAGCAGCCGUUGAUAACUUCUCAUUCAAAGUUAAAACUUGACUUGAGCAAUCCAGGAGACCUUGAGUUCAUUAAGCUAGUGAAGAGCAGGAUGCCAGACAUGGAUAGAAUAGAUAUAAGGAAGAUACCUAAAGAUUGCCAGCCUUUGGAGACCUUUAUAGAGCAGGCUUUUCCAGAAAGUGUUAGGAGAUUCGAUUUUAACAAUGAUUCUAACUUGGACAUGAGCAAGAGAGGUUUUGAAAAAUACAUGCCACUCCUUCUUUCUCUCCAACCUCGCAUCUCUGAAUGAUUAUUUUUAUAUACCUUCAAGAUAACCCAAGAUCAGCUCAGCACUCUCUUCUCCACUUACACACACUUAAAGACUUUUGGGUUUGCUUAUUGCUCUCUAGAUCUGACUACUCCUCCUUCCUUCCCUCCCUUACCGUUGUGAUGCUUGAAGUACCUAUAUCUUAACCACUGUGGGCAUCCUCCUUACAGCGACUGGGUAAACAGCCCAGAACAAUUUGAGAACCUCAUCAAAGGCCUUGGCCAAUGCCAAGGCAUCAAAGAAAGCCUCAAGGAGAUCUCCAUUGCAGGGUGCGGCCUUGAGGUAGAUCCUACUUCACAAGCCAAAGCUGAUAUGAAUUCUCAUACUUCUCUACAGAGAGAAAUAAAUCAAAAUAAUUUUCAGACUUUUUGUAUCAAUAUCAGAGAAAUGCUAGAUCAAUACGGAUUAGAACAUGUUGUAAUCAAGCAGUAAGAAUGUCAUCACUGAUCAUUAUACUCUCCAUGCUUCUAAACUGGCUCAAAACAAUCUAUCCAGUCACACAACCAUCAUUCUAAUAUUCCCU